AUGGGGUGCGCUUCGAGUGCCGAACGUCAGGGCGCGUGGCGCGAUACCACGUUCCAGUCCUUGAUAUCGGUGCUGACUGCUAUCCGUUUGACAACUUUAGGAGAAUUGCAGGGCGUGCUGAGAUGGAGCGGACUUCGAUCGACGAACCUCAUCAUUGGCGUUGACUUCACUCACUCGAAUAUGUGGAAUGGCAAGCAGUCAUUCGGCCAGCGCUGUCUCCAUUUUAUCGACCCAGAAGGCCUGAUCCUCAAUCCGUACCAGGUUGUUAUCAACAUCAUUGGUCGAACUUUACUAUCUCGCAAGAGUAAGAGGGCCAUCCACGUAUUUGGCUUCGGAGACGCUCGCACGGCCGAUCGCUGCGUCUUCACGUUCCUACCCGACGGAAGUCCUUGCCGAGGAGUGGGUCACGUCUUGAAGCAGUACAAAGAGAUUGCUCCAGGGCUUGUGCUCGGGGGGCCAACGAACUUUGCUCCCGUCAUCUACCAAGCAAUUCGUCAAGUCAAAGCGACCGGAACUUGCAGCAUCCUCGUUAUCAUUGCAGAGAUGGAGCCUUACCCUACUACGUUGCCAAAGCGGAGGUUUGACAACUUCCGUUUUGUGAACCUCAACAACCUGAUGAGUGCGAAUCCGGAACAACCAGCUCUGGGGUUUGCGACUGCGGCGUUGGCGCACAUUCCAGACCAACUGGCAGAAAUACGUCGACUGGGUCUUCUCCAGCCCACUGUCUCGUAA